UUUUCUUUUCAUCUGCUGAGUAGUCUCCACUCUCCACUCGCAGAAACAAGAAAAAAGUUGGAAUCAAGUGGGAAAAAAGCUACACCAAUAUAUACAAAUUCAGGGCUCACACAAACCGCGUCGCUGACAUAUAUUUACUCUCCGACUUCAAAACCUUUCAUCAUCUUCAUCCCUGAUCCCACCACUAAUCUUUUCCUCAUCUUCUGUACACUACUGUCCUCUGUCAUAUACAGUCUUAUUACCGUGUUGUGUUGGGAUCUCCAAUUUAUUCUCUCUCUCUCUCUCUCCUUCCCCGGAUCUGAUUGCAUCCCACUCUGCUCUUCUUCAUUCCUUUGCUCUGUUUCCGAAAAUGGAAGUAGGCAGCAGCCAAACUUUGAAAGUUGCUAGCUAGAUUUACCCGAUUUAAUCUGUUGCCUACUUAAAUCUUGGACCUCUCUAGUAUCUACACUACUAGUAUUUUGAGGAAUAUAUUAUCAAAGAUUCAAAGGUGAGACCUUUAAUUUGUAGUGUUUGAUUCAAGAAAAGAAGCAUGGGGAAGACGGGCAGAGAUUGGAAUCAGAUCUAUGGGAUUUACGGCGUCGAUGAUUGGCAAACGCCUCUCUUUCUCUUAAUCCAUGCCGUCUUCUUCUCCGCUCUUUCCGUGUUUUUUCUCAUCUACUUUGAGCCCAUAUGCUGCUUUUUCCAGCAUUUUGUGCCCGGGCCGGGCCUCGCGGGCUUCGCCGCGGGGUUCACCGGCUCCGUCACCGCCCUCUCGGCGGUCUGCCUUUUCGUGGCCGCCGGGAACAUAUUCUACUCCUCCGUUCCGCUCCACUGGGAAAUGGCGCAGCGCAUGGUCAACGCCGUGGGGGACUGGUCAACCGUGAAGCACGCCCUGGACCUCGGCUGCGACCGGGGGAUCCUCCUCAACGCCGUCGCGCUCCAGCUCAAGAAAUCCGGGUCCUCCGGCCGGGUCGUCGGGUUACACCCGGCCCAAAGCCGAUCGCUCUCCGUCCUCCGCACCGCCGGAAUGGAGGGCGUCCAGGAGUACGUCACGUGCCGCGCCGGCGACCCGAGGACGCUUCCGUUCGCCGACAACUGCUUCGACGUCGUCGCGUCGGCGGCGUUCGUGCACACCGUGGGAAAGGAGCUCGGCCCGCGGACGGCGGCGGCGGAGGCGGAGCGGAUGCGGGUUUUAGAGGAGGCGGUGCGGGUACUGAAGCCCGGCGGCGUAGGGGUGGUGUGGGACCUAGUCCACGUACCGGAAUACGUGAAGAGACUUCAAGUUCUGAAAAUGGAGGACAUUCGGGUCUCGGAGCGGGUCACGGCGUACAUGGCCAGCAGCCACAUCGUAUCAUUCCGGAAGCCAAGUCAGCAUUACGUGGGGCCCUUCGAAGUCAGACUGGAUUGGAGAUUCAACAAUAUCUGCUAAAGCUUCCCACAAUCCUAUCCAUGAAGAAGAGUGGAAACUUGAGAAAUUAAGGAGAUAACACAAUUUGCUUAUUUCCUUAAAUCUUUUUAUUUUCAUAUAUAUAUAUCAAGUAUAAGGCACAGUAAAUAUCUGGGGAAACAAAGUGGAACCAGAUGCAUUGUAAAUCCCAAAAUAAUGUUUACAUAAAAAAAAAAUACAUACAUAUAUAUAUAUAUAGUCUUUAUGGGGUACCACACCUCUAUGGUACUGGGUAGUUAAAUUAUGUUUCGACCAUUUAAGAGUCGAGCUGAACUUGUACCCCAUUUAAAUGGAGGUUUUCUCAUGCAUAUUAUUAUAUUUAUAAUGUUUGAAUUUGAAUGUUUAACAUACAA